GUAUAUUCUAAUAGUUACAUGAUAGGUCUAUGACGUCCUGGUUCAAUUAACAGGUGAUUCGGUUCAUCGACUAUUGAAAAAUUCAAACUCAAACGCAUUCAAAGGCGAAUCAGUCGAUCGUUUAUCCACCAGCCCAGCUAUGGAAGGUAGAAGGUCUUCUGAGAUACCGCAUGGCCCCAACAAUCCAUUGAAAGAUGUACUCCAGCAUAGAAAGAGAGAUGAAACCUUUCGUCGUUUAUUUAGACUCCCCGAUACCGAGAAAGUCAUUGAUGAGAUAAAUGUGUGCUAUAUAUGUGAUAUGGAUCCAGACAACAAAUCAAAGCUACCAGCUUCUGCAAUCGUCAGAAAAAACAUGUAUCCUGGUAAAUUAUAUCAAUCACAGAAUUUCUUGGCAUUUCAAUCUGGUGAUGUAGCUUCAAUGACAAAGCCUGGAAUAUCGCAUCAGUCCUUCAUUCUUCCUCUCUACACCAUAACGCGAUUCGAAAGAAUAAAUGACGAUCAUCACAGAUCUGCAUUAUCAUUUAAAACGUGGCAUAAAAUGACUCACUAUCUGAAAGUCGAUGCCGAGAAAACAGCAUGUGAGAAAUUUUGUGAUUUUCUGAAAAUUGGAUUGGAAGCAAACGUGCUGAAUAUGAAGGGUUCAUUAAAGUUAUUUUUGUCGACUUGUAAAUCAGAGGAACUUUUACAAACACCAGAAGGUCCUAUUCAUAUUUCAGAUCCCAUUGGCGGAUUAGGACUCCAAUUCGGAUUUAAAAGUGACACCACUGUAGAAAAGGACGACGAAAAAACUGCAAUUUGGGUAGACUAUUUUCAGGAAAAUGGUAGAAAUCUUACAUUAUGUAAACAGCCGUACGUUUUCUCAGAAAUGGUGAAGGAAGGUUUGCCAAAUUCAUUAAGAGGAGAAAUAUGGGAAGUUUGUUCGGGAUCCAUAUUUCUUCGAUUUGCCAACCAUGGAUUAUAUGAAAAUUUAUUGGAGACUCAUAAAAAUGAAGUAUCGCCCUCGAUGGAUGACAUUGAUAAGGAUUUGCACAGAUCACUUCCUGAAUAUGCUGCUUAUCAAGCACCAGAAGGAAUCGAUCGUUUGCGAAGAGUAUUGACAGCAUAUUCAUGGAAAAAUCCGGAUAUUGGCUAUUGUCAAGCAAUGAAUAUUGUUACUUCUUCAUUACUGAUCUACAUGACAGAGGAGCAAGCUUUUUGGACUUUAAAUACGCUAGUAGAUCAACUGUGUCCUGGAUAUUAUAGUUCAUCCAUGUACGGUGUUUUAUUGGAUCAAGUUGUUCUUGAAAGACUUGUUGAAAAAUACUUGCCCAACAUCACUUUACAUUUCAAAGAAAAGGAUAUACAGCUUUCUGUGGCCUGUCUUCCUUGGUUUCUUACAUUAUUCAUCAAUUCAAUGCCCUUGCCAUUUGCUUUCCGUAUACUUGAUUGCUUUUUUAUGGAAGGACCAAAGAUACUUUUUCAAAUUGCUCUCGCUGUGUUGAAAGCGCACGAAAAAGAACUAUGUGAGGUUGACGACGACUCGGAAUUACUCAUUGUUGUUAAAAACUUUUUCGCUUCGUUAAAUUUGCCAGAGGGUACAACGGAAGAAGACUAUGCCAAGAAGUUUACGAUAUUUAAGCAAUUGAUGAAAUCUGCCUAUACCGACUUUAACAAAGUAACAUCUGAUAAAAUCAACAAAUACCGCAAAGAAAACGAGCUUAAAAUUAUCGGUGGUGUCGAAUCCUUUACCAAGCGCAAUGCUUUGAGACAUGUUAAGAACACUGCUCACUUUGGGCCUGAAGAAAUAUCGAAUAUUUACGACCACUUUUUUGGUGCGUUGUAUUAUGCGAAAGAUGGUCAUGAACAGCCCGAAAUGGAUUUGAUUGCAUUUACAAAGAUGUUGGAACAUAUGACUACUUGGGCAAAACCUGCCAAUAUCAAUAGCAGUGGCAAUUCUGAAAAUCUGCAGGUGAUGCAAGAAGUUUCUGAAGCUUUUAUACUUCGAUUGUUUAAUUACUUUAAAUCCGACAAGAAUCAUUUUGGCAUCACAUUAAAUGAUACUAUCAGCAAGCUUGGAGAAAUUCUUCGAGGGGAUAUUAUGUCAAAAGCAAACUUUUACUUUUCCUUAUACAACCCGGAUAAAUCAGAGCAUUUGAAUAAUGGAGAAUUACAUACAAUGGCAACUGAGUUAUUUUGGUUGAUGACAACGCUUGAAGUUGAAUUCGAUGCUUGGGAUGCAAUUUGUAAUUUUAUUGCGCUCAGUGCCGAAUAUUCUAAUACGAAGGAUGAUGUUGAUGCAUUGCUAGCCCUUUUAAAACAAGAAGUCAAUCCCGAUGAUUCAACAUAUUUUGCAAAACAUGUUUCAAUACUCCAUAAUGCAUUGAUGGGUUCAGACACGCCUGUAAUUGAAGUCACUCUUCCCGUCUUACGAAUGAUUAUCUUAACUGAAGACCGCCUUGAACAAUUUAUUCAAACCAUCAUUCCUGCCAGCUUUAAGCUUGAGAAGGAAGUGAUUGAAAGGCAAAAAGGUCUAGGCCAUGAAAUAUUUGAAGCUCUGUUUGUGGAAGGAAGAAAACUUGCUAAUACUAUGGCAUAUCCGGACCAUCUUACUCCCAAUGGAGGCAAGAGUCAGUCAGCGUCAUCUCGACAUAACUCUCCAGCUGUUUCCCCAAAGCCUAGAUCUACUCGAUCCACAAACUCUGUUGCUGUCAGUAAUAAAGCAUCAGAGGAAGAAUAUGAAUUUGUUUAAUAGUUUUAAAUAAGGGGGUUCGUCUCACCCUUAAUUCUUGCAAUAAAAACACAAAAUAAAGAUGAGUCCGGUAAUCUAUUUUAUUGUGACGUUUUGGACAAUUUUUAAAAUUCUUUUUUUUCUUCUCUUCUUCUCUCUCGUUACUCAAAUAGAAAUAUGUCAGCUAGACCUACUCAAAAGCAACAAAGACCUCAAAACCAGGCAAGGCGUUACAGAGCAGGACAAGUUCCUGAGAAUUACGUUGAUGAUCUUUCCGAUUCGGAAGAAGAGGAGGAACAAAUUGAGGAGCCCGUUCGACGAAAGAGAGGCGAGGUUCAAUUUGCCC